AUGGAAAGGUCCAUGCUAAUGAGGCUCCCUAACGAGCUUUUGGUUACUCUGAUAGAGUACGUCGAUAGCCCCAGCUAUACGGCACUGGCACAAACAUGCCAUACCCUUAAUCUCUUGACAACACCGCAUCUUUACAAAUAUGCAAACAUCCUACUAGGCAAAAGCAACGAAUUUGUCCGGACAGUCAAAACUAAAUAUGCCGAUUUAGUCCGUCAUGUCACAGUCGUGAUCGAAAAUGACGAACUCGAAAUUUCUCCUUGUCGAAUUGUACCAUGUCUCGAAAAACUAGAGAAUCUGCAGAGCCUCAAGCUAGCUGGUGGCUACUGGAUGUGGGACACUGAAGAGGAGAACUGGGAUACCCUCGAAGAUUGCCUAUGGGAAUAUUUUAAAAGGGCGAGCCUAAAACAACCUGGGGAAUCGAGAGUUGCUAAGAGUCUUCGAUCAUUAACCCUUGAUCGCUCUGAACGCAAUGGACAAGCAGCGUUUCUUCACUACUCGUACAUCUUCAUCAUCCCGCAACUCCAUGAUCUCACAAUACGUGGUUUUAUGUUCGAGGAUUGCGAUGGCGAGAUUGACUCACAAUUUGAACGUCAGACGGAGCUUCAAUCCAUGCGUAUCGAGCGCAGCUUUGUGAGCUUUUCUGCUUUAAGGAAAGCCUUACUUGCUCCGCGUGCAUUACGCUAUCUCAGUAUUUGCCAUGUAGAUUCUUACUGGCACCAUGAGCUCAAGAACGCGGAAAGUAACCACGCAACAGUGGCUGAGUUUGUGGAGGCAUUGUUACCGCAUCGCGAAUCACUCGAAGAGAUCAAAGUUGUCGUUGAUGAUAAUAUGUAUAGAGGAGAGGUUCCAACAAUCAACGCUCCGAGCUUCCGUAAUCAUGCAACGCAACUUCCGGCACUGAAGCGCUGGUUGGGGUGUGAUAAGAUGACGUUAGCAGGUUAUCUGAAUCAUAGCGAAGGUGAUGAGUGA